AUUGUCUACAUUUGCAACUAUACAGGGACAGUAAAGACCGAUACAAGCAUGGCCAGACGAAGGCUUCGUUAUCUUUACAACACUUCUUAGGAGUAGAGUCUGGAUUUACACUGGACAAAGAAUCCAACACGAUAGCUAUUAUUUGCCAAGACGUCACUGUUGUACUAGCGUUCGAUACCCGAGAAAGACUGAUCCAGUGGCAAGUUAAGAUAUCUUCAAACUUGGGAGAUGACCAACAGUUUUUGAUUCAAAUAUCAUCCUGUCCUCCCAAGUCUAAAAUAUCCGCAGGACCUGCCAGAUUACACAUACAAGACUUGAGGUUCUCUAUGACGACUGGAGUUCCCCCAAGAUUAGCUGGUGUUUGGGAGCUUCGACAUUUGAGAAAAUAUGGAGUUAUUGAAAACCGAUUUUGCUACGAGGGAGGUUCGAGGUGUGGAAAAGGUGAAGGCUUAUUUGUGUGUUUUACCGACCAGGGAGACGACAUAACUAGAUGCAUGAACUUAGCGGCAGAAAGCAAGCUGGCUUCUAGAAAGAGGUUGCUCUCUAGAAAUAUGUCGGUUUUAGAAAGUCCGUCUAGAAGAGGUCUCUUGUCUCGCUUAGAUUCUAGAGCUUCCGAGUACGGUGCUGAUCAAAGUUCGUUCAAUCAACAUUCUCACGACAGAAGUAGUGAAGACAACAUGUGUUGGCCAUCUAACGAAAGUCGACUAGAUAAUUCGGACUUUGGAGACACGGCAUCUGUUGGAGAUUUUCAAGAUCAAAACUUACAGGAGUGCACAUGGACCCCAGAAACAGCUUUGGAACGAUGUGCCAGCUGUAUAAGUAAACUUGGAGCUUUGUCUCGUUCUUCGACCAUGGCUAAUACCCCUGGAAGCAUGGGCUUUAAUCCUGCGUGGACUAUGGACAACAAUGUAUCGUCGCUGAAUUACAUACCAGAAAUGAAUAACGGACAUCAGUGUUGCGGAUAUAUGUCAUCUCAGAGUAGCAGCAGUGGCGGAAGCGCCGGAUGCAGCUCUGUGUGUGGUACAGAGUACUCUGUACCUAGAAAAGUAUGCGGCUCCGUGACUGACAAAAUGAACAAAAUUCAAUCUGAUACGUGUGCGCCGAACAGACCACCGAAACCAGUACACCUGAAGCCGGAAACUAGUACUCCUGUUAAAAAGGCUCCGAUGCCUUUACCUCAGCAAGAUACCAUGUGCGUAUGCCGGUGCACUACUUCAGAAAAAUCUCGACAAUCCUACCUCAAUAACUACGACACUCCAAAGAUUGUAUGCACAAACACGAAACAGAAUAAACCAUACUCGUCCAUACAAGAUGAAUACUACGACACGCCGAGGAACAUCAAGUCCUCGUUGGAAGUCAACCCCUACGGCAAUUACGAUACGCCUCCGUCGCCCGUGGCCGUUCAUAAAAAAUCCAAUGCCGGGACGCCGAAACAAGCAGACAGCCCUCAGUGCACCGGAAUGUGUCCUUGCCAGCGAGCCAUGACAUGUUGGUCUCAUAAUAACUGGAUGACGAUGCCUCCUCGCUGCAGACGAAGUAAUCUUCAAACCGACAAUCAGACAUCAAAUUGUACCAACAACUGCCAACACAACGGGGCAAUUUAUGCGACCGUGGACGUUUCGAAGAAAAAGAAGCACGCAGAACCACUUCCACCCCCGUCGUCGAGCAACUACAUGAACUUGGAACCUCCUGCCGGUGGUGGUAGUCAACAGCAGCAACCGACAACAGCCCGAAACGGCCGGAAACCGACCGAAAAUUACAUGAACUUGGAGUUUAGUGAAUCGCUUUGCCACUACGAGAACGCCAAAAACGUGUUGACGAAGGCGGGACUGUCAAACGCCUGCGACAAGUGCGGUCAUCAGAAGCGUUGUUCGGGCGGCGGCGCCGACGAAAAGGGUGACUACAUGACAAUGGAACCGGUCAACGGUCGAAUGGUGGAACCGAAGAGAAACCAGUUCCCCGGUUACCUGCCCAUGUGUCCGACGGCGACUGGUAACAAUAAUAACAACAGCAACAACAACAACAACAACAACAACAACAACAGUAGCAGUAGCAGUGGAAACAACAAGCAGCAGGACAUGUUGAAGAACAUAAUGAACAGGGGCUUGGCCGAAAAGUCGGCAAGCAUACCCAGCCUGAACGAGUACAAGUCGACAGCGGCCACGGCGAACGGCAACGACUGGAAAAACGUUGGCGGGGCGGCGGACGAUCCUCAUCGAAGGCGGUCCAGUUCGGCUGACUCGUCGAGGUGCGACGACGACGGAUUGACGUCGGGCAUGGGCGCCGACCGGUCGAGCAGGGGCGCUGGUUGUUCGGAUCACACUUCGUCGGCCGAGAGCAUGACCAGCCAGAUCGCCAAACGUCCCACGGACGCCACCUCGGCGGGCGCCACGUCCACUGCCUCAACGGUGUCUGACGGUAGCGUGGCCGCGGACGACCAACAGACCGCCCUGGUACACAUCCGACGGUCGUCGAGCGUGCCGUGUAAGAACAACCGCGACUCGUCCAGCUCCAACGACUCGGGCGUGUCCACCGGUUCGCUACGUUACCGGGGAGCCGACUUUGCCGAGUUCGAGUUGCCGCUGACCACGGCCAUGUCGACGAUGCGACACAGGCGCACCGUGGCCGCGGCCACUGCUGCCGCGGGCACCGGUUCCGCGACCGGUUCUAUCGACUGCGGCGGCCGCGUGACGGUAACCGGUUGCGUUCACGGUUCGCUUCCCAGGCGUUCCAAGUCCACAGACCGGCUCAAGGAGCUCAGUUUCAGGUUUCAAAAGUUCGCAGGCACCAUGAAAUCUUCAUCGGCCGGUGCCGAAGUGCCCGUGUGCUUGAAAAAAGAUAAAGGGUUUAACGUGCACGUGGAAGGAAACGCGGGUGUACCGUUUUUGGACUCGCAGAGCACAAGCAGCUACACGUCGGACAUGAGUGACUACAUAGAGACGCUGUCGUUGUCCUCGCACAGUUCGUCGGACACCACCAACAACGAAAACCCGAGGUGCGGUAGAACAGCGAAAACCACAUUGAAACCGCGGUCCGGCAAGGAAUACCAUCAGAUCGGAUUUUUUCUGGACGGUGACCUGAAGGUUAAAUCCGACAUACCGCCAGUCCCUGAAAAGACGGAAACCCCUUCUCCCAGGUAUGCUGCAGCCCAAGAAAGCAACGUCGUCUGA